AUGGAUAGAGUGAACCGGGUUUUAAACAUCGUAAGACAGAUGUCUCCCAGGAAAAGGGAAAGAGUGUCUCAUUGGGAGGCGGAGAGCCCGGAGACCUGCGAGGAGAGUCUGUGCUCUCUCAGCCUUUGCAUCAGCGAUGAUGGGCCAUACUCUAAGGGGAACAAGGACUCGACGGGGCCAGACAACUCGCUCACAUCCAGAAGACAAAGCAUCCCAGAACUGCGUGGGGUUACACUGGUUGAGCUGAUUAAGAAGGAAGGAAGCACUUUAGGUCUCACCAUCUCGGGCGGAACAGACAAGGACGGCAAACCACGCGUCUCCAACCUGCGGCCGGGUGGACUGGCGGCUAGGAGCGAUCAGCUCAAUGUAGGCGACUACAUCAAGUCAGUCAAUGGGAUCAACCUGACCAAGCUGCGUCACGACGAGAUCAUCAGUCUGCUAAAAAACGUAGGCGAGCGCGUCGUGCUGGAAGUGGAGUAUGAACUGCCUUCACCUGCGCCAGACAGUACCUCAGGUGUUAUUUCCAAGACAAUCGAGAUCUGUUUGCAGAAAGAGGGCAACAGUUUCGGCUUUGUUAUGCGAGGUGGAUCCCAUGAGGACUGGCACAGAUCUCGUCCUUUGGUGGUCACACACGUCCGACCUGGUGGUCCUGCUGACAGGGAAGGGACCCUAAAAGCAGGCGAUCGGAUCUUAAGUGUGGAUGGUGUGGUUUUACACAGUGCCACUCUAAGCGAUGCUCUUACAGUACUGACUCAAUGUGGCCAGGAGGCCCUGUUCCAGAUCGAGUACGAUGUCUCCAUCAUGGACUCGAUGACAAACGCUUCAGGUCCUCUGCUGGUGGAGAUUGCCAAGGCGCCCGGAGCCAGUCUGGGAAUCACUCUGACCACUGCCAUGCACAGGAACAAACAGGCCAUCGUCAUCGACAAGAUCAAGCCCGCCAGUGUGGUGGACAGGUCUGGAGCGUUACACGUGGGUGAUCAUAUCCUGUCUAUAGACGGCACCAGCACAGAGCACUGCUCCGUCCUGGAGGCCACGCAGCUGCUGGCCAGCACUACUGAUCAGACCAAACUUGAGAUCCUCCCCGCACACCAAACACGCCUGCCCGGGAAACCCCAGGACACUGUGAAAGUUCAGAAAAGUGACCACCCGCACUGCUGGGACCCCUGUGUGAACUACUGCCAUUCUCAACAUCCUGGUCACUGUAAGACGUCGACAUGGACCUCUGCUUCCAGUAACCCAUCCAGCUCUCAGGAUUACUGCAAAUCGGUAGUCUGCACUAACUUCUCUCCUGGGUCCACAACCACAUCAGGCAUGACCAGCCAGGGUUCCAGCACGCUGCCCCGGGCCGCUCCUCCCAUGAGCCCACGGAACUCCAUGCUAAAGAGACGACAAAGGAAAAAAGAGCACAAAAGCUCCUCUGUGUCUUUAGCCUCAAGUUCUGUGGGCCCUGGUGGUCAGAUCGUCCACACCGAGUCCAGUGAGGUCACUCUGAGAGGAGACCCUCUAAAUGGGUUUGGGGUUCAGCUGCAAGGUGGAAUAUUUGCGACAGAGACCCUCUCUGCACCCCCUCUUAUCCGCUUCAUAGAACCGGACAGUUCGGCCGAAAGGUGUGGGCUUCUCCAGGUUGGAGACAGAGUCUUAUCCAUCAACGGAAUUCCUACAGAAGACGGAACGCUGGAAGAGGCCAAUCAGCUGCUCCGGGAUGCUGCUCUGGCCAAUAAGGUCACGCUAGAGAUUGAGUUUGAUGUGGCAGAAUCUGUUGUGCCUAGCAGUGGAACAUUCCAUGUGAAGCUGCAGAAGAAACGAGGAGUGGAACUGGGCAUCACAAUCAGUGCCAGUAAGAAACCAGGAGAGCCUCUUAUCAUAUCUGACAUUAAAAAAGGCAGCAUGGCACACAGAACAGGAACUCUGGAGCCCGGAGACAAGCUGCUGGCCAUAGAUAACAUCCGUCUGGAGAACUGCUGCAUGGAGGACGCCGUCCAGAUCCUCCAGCAGAGCGAAGACCUGGUCAAACUCAAAAUCCGCAAGGAUGAGGACAACUCAGACGAGCAGGAGUCGUCCGGCUCCAUCAUCUACACGGUGGAGCUGAAGCGCUACGGCGGCCCGCUGGGCAUCACCAUCUCCGGCACCGAGGAGCCCUUUGACCCCAUCAUCAUCUCAGGCCUGACCAAGAGGGGUCUCGCUGAGAGGACUGGAGCCAUUCACGUUGGCGAUCGUAUUCUGGCCAUCAACAGCGUCAGUCUGAAGGGCAAGCCGCUCAGUGAAGCACAGUAGUACUAAUAUUUGAUAAGAUACUGUAUUAGUGAAAUUUUAUUAAAAUAAAAUAAACAAACUGACACACCAGAUGAUCAAAAUAAAGAGAACGAUCUGGAUAACGAGCUCAGCGAUAACGAGGACGACAUGACCGACUCGCAGAAGACCAACAAACUGUCGGACAUUUAUUCCACCACCAUCCCCAGCGUGGAUUCGGCCAUGGAGUCGUGGGACGGCUCGGGAAUCGACGGCGGUUACAGCAGCCAAGGUGGCUACACGCAUCAGGCCGCUGGGAUUGCGCUACACCCUCACGAGUGGCGUAACAGCAAGCAGAGGAACAGCACGCCUCCUCCGUCCCGCCGCAAGAACUACCCCUUCAGUGACGCGGGAUUCAGUGAGGACGACUGGGACAAAGCUGCCGGAUACAGCAGCCAGCCGCAUGCCGACGGCCUCAUGAUGGAGCAGGAGGACAGUUUCUGGUGCCAGGCCCUGGAAGACCUGGAGACCUGCGGCCAGUCCGAGCUCCUGCGCGAGAUCGAGGCGUCGAUAAUGACCGGCAGCGCCCUGAGUUUGGGUGUAGAGGGUGGAAAGGCCCACGGCGAGACGGUCAACCAACCUCACCUCAGCCCUCUGAGAAAAGCCCCACAUCUCCUCAACGAAACCAAGAACAAGAGCACGCUCCGUAUGUCCGAGAAGACCUGGGAGUCACGGAGGAUCAAAGAAGAGAUCCAGGACAUCCUGUCGCCCACACCAUUAGAGCUGCACAAGGUGACUGUGAUGAAGGACCCAGAGAGCGAUGACUUUGGAUUCAGCGUAUCGGACGGUUUCUUGGAAAAGGGUGUUUACGUGAACAUGAUCAGACCUGAAGGUCCAGCGGACCGUGCUGGACUCAAACCGUACGACAGGAUCCUUCAGGUGAACCACGUGCGGACGCGAGAUUUCGACUGCUGCUUAGCUGUGCCCCUCAUCACAGAGGCCGGAGACAAACUUGAGCUGGUGAUUAGCCGAAACCCAUUAGCACAGCUGGGUGUUGCCCAGCCCCAUGACUGCCAUCCACACUUCAACCCCGUAGGCCAUUCCCGUGAGCACCAGACCAGCACGCUAGACCUGUGACCACUGGGUAACUCAGACUAUGACCACACCGGACCAUUUGUUGAAACAGACUAUUAGAAGGAGCCAUGAUUCACUGGUUUCAUUACAAAACUCAAAUGAACUGAAAUAUCCAGAUUAUAAGGAGUGAUCGUGGAAACUGUACAACAAAAGAUUUGAGCCAGUUUUCAGUACAAAACUCGAAAGGAUCUGAGCCAGUUUUUUAAAAACAGAACAAAACAAAACAAAACAAAAAUAUUGGACUACUACAAUGCAUACACCAUACAUGGACUUCGCCCAUCAAAACAUUUUUUUUAAUUUUCUUUACUAUGGAGCCUAGCACAUGAUAUGGGGGGAAAAUAUUAAUAUAAUGGCCACAAAAUAAGAAUUAAUUCUCAUGGCUUAAUUAUUCUCCAAGUUUUCGUAAAUCGUGGCCAUGUUGUACUGAUUCAUUCCCUAAUUUUUGUAAAUCAUGGGCACGUUCUACUAAUUCGUUCCCUUGUUUUAGUAAAUUGUGGCCACAUUGUGCCAAUUUGUUUCUUUGUUUUUGUAAAUCGUUGUCACAUUGUACUGAUUUUUUUCCUCGUUUUAGUAAAUUGUGGCCAUGCUCUACUGAUUCAUUCCCUCGUUUUAGUAAAUCGUGGCGACGUUGUACUGAUUCAUUUCCUCGUUUUAGUAAAUCGUAGUCGCAUUGUAUUGAUUCAUUCCCUCGUUUCUGUAAAUCAUACUCCCAUUGUACUGAUUCGUUCCCCCAUUUUAGUAAAUCGUGGCGACGUUGUACCGAUUCGUUCCUUCGUUUUAGUAAAUCGUAGUCACAUUGUAUUGAUUAAUUCCCUCGUUUCUGUAAAUCAUACUCCCAUUGUACUGAUUCGUUCCCCCAUUUUAGUAAAUCGUGGUGACGUUGUACCAAUUCGUUCCUUCGUUUUAGUAAAUCGUAGUCACAUUGUAUUGAUUCAUUCCCUCGUUUCUGUAAAUCAUACUCGCAUUGUACUGAUUCGUUCCCCCAUUUUAGUAAAUUGUGGUGACGUUGUACUGAUUCGUUCCCUCAUUUUAGUAAAUCGUAGUCACGUUGUACUGAUUUAUUCCCUCGUUUCUGUAAAUCAUACUCGCAUUAUACUGAUUCAUUCCCUCGUUUUAGUAAAUCAUGGCCACGUUGUACUGCUUUGUUACCUCUUUUUCAUAAAUCAUGGUCACGUUGUACUGAUUCGUCCCUGCGUUUUAGUAAAUCGUGGCCAUGUUUUACCAAUUUGUUCCCUCAUUUUAGUAAAUCAUGGCCACGUUGUACUGAUUCUUUCCAUUGUUUUAGCAAAAUCAUGGCCACGUCAAACUGAUUUGUUCCCUUGUUUUAGUUAACCGUGGUUACGUUCUACUGAUUCAUUCCCUUGUUUUUUUAAACCAUGGUCACAUAGUACUGAUUAAUUUUCUUGUUUUAGUAAGUCAUGGCCACGUAGUACUAAUUCAUUCCCUUGUUUUGGUAAACCGUGGUCUAAACGAAGGUAUGAAUUAGUGUAAUGUGACUGCAUUCAGCUAAAACGAGGAAACAUUUAAUUUAAUUCUUAAUUUGUGGCCAAAGAUGUAGAUUUUUUCCCCUUACAGUUUUUUUUUUUUUCUUUUCUUUUCUUUUCUUUUAUUUUCUUUGGUUUUAUU